GCUCUUCCUGCAGGCACUGCCCCCUAUCUCAUUGGCUGCAACUUCUGUGCAUCGUUAUUUUAUCCACUAAUUACGUUUAAUAGUUGCAGUACAAAUUUGGGUCUGUUGAUUUAUGGUUCCAUACUUAUUUUGUUUCCAGAAGUAUUUUUACCACAUUCCUUGAUUGGCCUUACUAGACUGUCUUUUUGCAUUUUUUUCUUAAACUGUCACAAUUACCUGUUACAUAAAAUUGUUUAUGAAACUUGACCUGUUUUCCAACCAUGGAACUCACAGUUGUGUAGAUCUGUGAGGCCUCAAUUAUUAAAAUAUUUAUUUAGAGACUCUUACCUGCCACCCAAAAUCUUACUUGACUUUUGUGCACCAUUUCUCACUAUAUAUUUUAGAAUUGUGCAUCAAUCUGUCUGUCCGUGAGUCCAUUUGUCUAAGAAAACUUCCUAAAGAGUAAGAGCUAGGACUGCCAAAUUUGGUACGUAGCUCUUAUCAUAACUUAAAGCAAGAUAAGAGUUUGGUUGUGUGAAGACAAAAGAUCUGCCUGGAAUUUAGUUGUUUUUAAUGAAAUAGAAAGGGAGGUGUCUGUCAGGAAGGAUAGUUAAGCUACAGAAUGACCACAGAGGGGACAGCAAGGAGCCAAAGAUGAGGACUGGGAUAGCUAUAACUCCAUUGGGUCUGCAGGGGUAGAGAAAAGGGACUGCUAUCUACUGUAUAUUUCAGAGCAUUUGUCUUCCUGUGUAUGUCUGUCCACCAGCUGGGGGACAUGCACCCCUCCCUCAGCUCUUCCCGUUGCGGUGGUUAUGGACAGAUCCUUCUUGCUUAACCCCAAGAUGCUGCAGUGAAAGGAUGCUAGGGUAGUCCUCUUUCCCCAGGUCAGCUUGCAUACUGAACCCCUCAUCCUAAACCCCACCCCAAAACAAUUAUUUUAAAUUAAUAAAACCAAAACUCAUUUGAGUUAGACCUAAGCAAUGCCGGAUAAAUUGAAUUUUAUAAAAAAUGUAGUGAUGUUUCCCUGAAAAAUCAGAAAUGUCUCUAUUUCUGUUCUAUUAUUCCUGUUAGUAUUGCAGAGUUCUGUCCUGGUUUAUGUAAACCCCAUUAGACUGGCUACUUGAAGCAAUUACAAACCAGCUAAAGUGAUAAAACUGGUUGCACACUGAGUGUGUCUGUACUACAGAAACUUUUACUUAAUUUGUUGUACAGUAAUAUUCCCCUCCCCCCACAUUUAAAUAAAUCUCCUGGUUAUUGCCCCACCAUUCCCUCCCAAACUAUAAUCAGAUCAAUGUUGGCACUUGUGAGAGUGACAAGCUUAUUGGCAGCUGAUCUGAACCACAUCUGUAUGUAGCUGGCAGCUGCUCCACACUGAGGAAAGACAUUCACAUUCAGCUCACUUUCCCCUCAUCAUGGGAGAAAACUGGAUUGGGUCAAGGAAUAAUGGGGAUGGGAACAAGGAACCAAAACCUGAGAGUUAUGAUAGAGAUAGAAUGUACAGUACAGCGUGUGUUAGUAAGAAAUACCACAUUAGAUAUCUAGAGUGGAGAGGAGCGUGCAUCUAGGACCUAUAGGGAGAAGAAAAAAUGAUGGAAAAGGGAGGGAAAGACCACUGUUCAGUUUUCAAUCUCUUUUCCUCACCAGCAAACUCUUCUCCUUCACUUACACUGGUUUUAACAAGUCUGAUCAGAGUGUAUUUUAUCAAUAAUAACAAAUUGUUUAGAAAUGCAAGGACUUUAAAAACAGUCAAUACCCAUGCCUAAUCUAGCAGGUAUAAUUUCUUCAGGCACCCCACCCUGUGUCUCUAGCCCCUCUUCUGGAUCAUUACUCUCCUUCUUUUUAACCUGUCAGAAGUCUUUGUCCUGUGUUUACAGGAGUCUUGUGGAUUACCUGAAGAAAGGAGCAGAAAUCUUCCAGGUCAAGCUACCACCAAUGAUGGAAAUCAUAACUGCUGAACAGCUGAUGGAAUAUUUAGGUGACUAUAUUCUUGAUGCAAAACCAAAAGAGAUAUCGGAAAUUCAACGACUAAAUUACGAGCAGAAUAUGAGUGAUGCAAUGGCUAUCCUACAUAAGCUACAGACGGGUCUGGAUGUUAAUGUGAAGUUCACUGGUGUACGAGUAUUUGAAUACACCCCUGAAUGCAUAGUGUUUGAUCUUCUUGAUAUUCCCCUAUACCAUGGAUGGCUAGUGGAUCCUCAGAUUGCUGACAUCGUGAAGGCAGUUGGUAAUUGUAGUUACAAUCAAUUGGUGGAGAAAAUAAUCUGCUGCAAACAGUCAGACAACAGUGAACUGGUUAGUGAAGGAUUCGUAGCUGAACAAUUUCUGAACAACACAGCUACUCAGUUGACAUACCAUGGGUUAUGUGAGCUGACUUCAGCAGUUCAGGAAGGAGAACUCUGUGUGUUCUUCAGGAACAACCAUUUUAGCACCAUGACCAAAUAUAAGGGUCAGCUUUAUCUGCUGGUGACAGACCAGGGUUUUCUUACAGAAGAGAAAGUUGUCUGGGAAAGUUUACACAAUGUAGAUGGUGAUGGAAAUUUCUGUGACUCUGAGUUCCACCUUCGGCCUCCAUCAGACCCAGAAACUGUAUAUAGAGGGCAGCAGGAUCAAAUCGAUCAGGACUAUCUAAUGGCAUUGUCUCUACAACAAGAGCAGCAGAGCCAAGACAUCAAUUGGGAGCAGAUCCCAGAAGGAAUCAGUGAUCUAGAGCUGGCAAAAAAGCUGCAGGAAGAGGAAGAUAGACGGGCUUCUCAGUACUAUCAGGAGCAAGAACAAGCAGUUGCAGCGGCUGCUCAGGUCCAGCAGGUACAAGGAGCUGCUUCUCCAGCAAGUGGAAAACAAUCUGGAAGUAGUGAACGCAAACGAAAAGAACCACGAGAGAAAGAGAGGGAGAAAGAGAAAGAAAAGAAUAGUUGUAUUAUUUUGUAACAGGGGAUGGAUUUUGCCAGGAGUCAUCAACUGCAUGUCCUCAAACAAAAACAAGGAAUAAAAUGAAGACAAACCCGUUACAUGCCGCCUGUGCCUGAUUAUCCCAUGGAUUUAUUCACGUUUAAGGAGAGGAUGGGUGACUACUUCGUUACAAUCAUACAGACUUUCUUCAGAGUUAUACAGCGUGCUCUGCGUAAGAUGGAAUUUCAUUACAGUUGGAUGCGGCUGUGCUUCAACUCAGUCACAGGAAAUAUUGCACCUUGUAGCUAAACAUACAAAUCAUGGCAAGUUUUGUGUCAGUGACAUACAUUUCGUAUAAUAUCAGUUAGUAAGCUAUUUCAUCUUCUGAUCUAAACAAAGAAAGGAGGUAAUUAAUUUUGUCCUGAAAUCUUUACAUCAACACAACAGAAUCCUGUAUUACUUCUCAUGGUCUGACAAUAUAACUUAGAUUGUGUAUUUAUGGUUUUAGACCCCAAUGAGUGUUGAAGCACGCUGCUUCAAUAACACACCCAGAUUCCUUUAAAUCAAGAGCCAGUAGACCAUUCUUUAAGUGAUAUAUGUGUGUGUGUAGGGUUAAUUCUACCACUCAUGGCCUUUGCCCUAUGCAGAAGUUAUUUGUUAAACAGCAUAUGGAUAAUUGUGUGUCAUGUGGGUUGUCUGUUGAUAAGCAAGAUAAAGAUUCAUUAUUGCUUUUGUCACAGUUAUAAAGCUUGGGAUCACAACUCAGAUCUUAUCAGGGUCAGACUCAAAUAAUGUAAUAGUUUUUUUUCUUUGUUUAGUAUCUUCUGUUACAGGUAAACUGGACCAGAGAAGUUUUUGUUAUUUGACUUCUCCAUGCAACACAUGAGCAGUGGUAGGAAUCUGAAGUCUCUAAUAAUGCUUGUCCUGUGUAGGAAUGCAGAAUUAAAAUGACUAACUUAAUAUCUGCCUUUGUCCAGAAGUACUUUUCAUAAUUAAUUAACAUCACUUUAAUGUAUCCACUUGUAUAUUUAAGCUAGUGUACUGUGUAUAAAUACUUUUAAAAAUUAUGUAUAGUAAAAAGCACACUUUUUGCAGGGUGAGAGAAAGGAUCAACUAGUCUCUCAAAUUGUUUGGAAAGGCACUCAGAUAUAGUAUCACUUUUUUGUUUAAAUCACUAAAUGAGAAUUAUGGGAAACUGCUACAGAAAUAACCAGUUUUUCUAAUUUAUGGGAACCAAAUAAACAUGUUACAUCUUGUAGUAUUAAGUUACAUAAACAGAAUACUUGUUGAAUUUUAUUAUGAGGUUACUACAAAUCCUUUCAUUUAAGCAGGGAAAGUCAAUUACUACCUUGUUACUGGUCUUUUUGAUAAAGUUAUUUAGCAAUUUGUAGACAUUUGAAAAAAAUGCUUCUGCUGGAAAACAGUUCUGAUUCACAUUUUGAGUUUUGGUAAGUGCAUUAAUGUAUCUGAGCGUAGAAAAAUUGAAAGCCGCCAACUGGAAUAUGGUACUAAUAUUGUGUGGCUUGAGGGACGUCCACAGAACUCAAAAUUUAAAAAAUCCCUCGAUUUCUGAAUGUGAGUCCAGAAUUAAAUAAAUGCUAUAGAGUUGUUUCAAACAGAAUUGCCAAUGUAAUUGGAAUGAGUCAUUGCACAAAUCUGUUACAUAUUUAAAUAAACAAUUUGGUUGAUAAAGUAGGAAUAGUUUUGGCAAUAAAUGAAGGGCCAGUCUGGAUAACUGUUUCUUCUCAGCUUUUUAAAAUCAAUUUGUUAUAAAAAGGAAGUUGUUAUACUGAAGUUAUGAUGACUGAAGGGGCUCUCUUUCAGACACACCUUAGAUACAAAAUUCUUUUUGUACUGGGAUAGACUUUUUGUAUACCUUGGUAAUUACUAUAGAAAGGUCAUUAAUACUUUUUUCAAAUGUAUGCCAGUUAAAAUAAUGGUAUUCUCUGUCAAAUCAAACAAUUUUCCAUAUUCCAUUUGCUGAAGCAAUCCAUUUCUUCAGACAAGUUUAUACUAACAUAACCAGAAACAUAAAUGUAAGCGUUUCCUUUAAUCACAACAGAAAGUAUUGACAUAUUGUAUUGGAGGGACAAAAGCUUUUAACAAUAUUUUUUAAAAGUCAGUCUGUUACUGAAGAGAGACAUUUCCAAACUCAGUUACAUUUAAUACUCUUGAAAAAUAAAUGCCAAGUUACGCUUUUGUUACCUUAUUUCCAAUGACAAUAUUACCAUUUCACAUUCACUUUUAAAACACAUUAACAGAUGGUUAUUGUUAGUAUCAAGUACAUCUUUUCUG